AUGAUCAGAUGGGCUGCUGGAGGGAGUAAGGCCGCCUCUGCCUCGUCCUGCUCCGGGGCCGGGCUGGGGUCUUGUUCUGGUCGCGGGUCCAGCUCCAGACUGUGGUUGUCGUCGACUGUCUUCUCCCCCACCUCUCUGCCUCUCCUGGUUGCCCUGCUGUUCCUGUCCUUCUUCCUGCCCGGCGCGGCAUGCCACCAGCUCCACAGAGACAGACUGAGGCUGGCCGGCCCAAGGGCUCUCAGGGUUCCGCUGAACAUUUCUGAGGCAGAGGUCGUCUCGAGGCCCAGGGCCACCGGGGGCCCCCUUGGUCGGACCGGGGGGCCGCAGGGUAGGCACGUGCGCAGCUACAAUCACCUCCAAGGGGACAUGCGGAGGAGGAAGCUGUUCUCUUUCCAGAAGUUUUUCCUGAGGAUCGACAGGAACGGAAAGGUCAACGGAACCAAGAGCAAGGAUGACCCCCUCAGUAUUCUGGAAAUCACAUCGGUGGACGUGGGAGUGGUGGCCAUCAAAGGGCUGAACAGCAACUACUAUCUGGCCAUCAGCAGGAAGGGAGAGCUGUACGGAGCGAGAGAGUUCGGCGUCGACUGCACCCUGAAGGAGCGGAUCGAGGAGAACGGCUACAACACGUACGCGUCGGCCGAGUGGAGGAACAAGAAGCGGCAGAUGUUCGUGGGCCUGAACGUCCACGGGAGGCCGCUGAGAGGGAAGAAGACACGCAGGAAGAACACGGCCACCCACUUCCUCCCGAUCAUGGCGUGA